CUCGCGCUACACACUGCGUAUUCCUGGCAGAUGCGUGUUUUUGUUAUGAAUCGACCAUCCGCUCUCCUUGUACACUGGAGCCUUGGGACUGUAGCAGCGUGAGGCGAACUUACUGGCUUUGCUUAUCUCUGGUUUCUACUUAAUCUCUUUUUAUGUACUUAUCUCGGUAUAUGCAUAGGACAAAAACGAUUAGUUUAAGUGAAAAAGCAAAGUGGACACACACAAAAAACAAAGGAAUAAAUGUUUUUACUUUGGCAGUGAUCAAAUGGUAUCGUUAACUAGCUAGUUCUACGGGAAGAAUAGCUAUACCGGCUGCACACAAGCAAGAAACUGCAGUUGUGUUGGUUGAACGAACGAGGAGAGAGGAACUCCAAGAGAGCUGUCGGAUUUAGCGCUCAGGAAUGGAAUCGGGGCUGCGGCCCACCACAGAGGAGCACAAAGCCCGGCCCCUGUGAAGCCCUCCUGCUGCUCACCCAUGAGAGGAUGCGCCUCCUCACACGUCCCUGCUGGUAUUUCUGAGGGAGACCUCGACCGCAGGCUAGGCUGAGACGGCACUGAUGUUUUCAGCUGCUGCUUGUGCUGACUGCUGUUGCAUGGAGGGAAAAGGAAGAGUGCCCUGCUGUCUGCAACCCAGCCCAGAACCCACGACUUCUCGGUAGCCCCCUCAGACCGGAGCAGCUAUGUUCAGGAACAGCUUGAAGAUGCUGCUUAGCGGCGGCAAGUCCAACCGCAAGAAUCGCAACAGCGAUGGUGGGAGCGAGGAUCCUGCAGAGUUCCGGCCGCCCCAUGUAGACCGGCAACUGAGUCACGCCGGGCAAGGUGGCAGCUCCACAGACAGCGACUGCACCUUGGAAGGAGACUACGCCGUGCCCCCGCUGCCGGUGACUGAAGGCAUGCAGCACAUCCGCAUCAUGGAAGGCGUGUCCCGCUCUCUACCCUCCUCCCCCCUGCUGACCCACCAGACCAUCAGCAUGAGGCUGCAGCCAAUGAAGAAGCUCACAGCCCCCCUGCGGAAAGCAAAGUUUGUGGAGAGCCCUCGCAUUCCUGAAUCAGAGCUUGGCUCCCCAACACACACCUCUUCCCCUGCCAAGAAUCCCAACCUGGAAACACACUGUCGUGGGGAGUCGAACCAGGAGCUGGGCCCCCCUCCGUCGGUGGAUGAGGCGGCCAACACCCUGAUGACGCGGCUGGGCUUCCUGCUGGGGGAGAAAGUGAGCGAGGGGCCGGCCGGGGCGCCCUACAGCAUGGAGGAGCAGGACGACACCCAGGGCCUGGCGAUGACGCAACGCAUCAGCCCCUGCUCCACCCUGACCAGUAGCACCGCCUCCCCACCCGCCGGCAGCCCCUGCUCCACCCUGCCCCCGGCCGCCCCGGGGAACUCUGGGAACAAGGACUGCGCCUACGGCUCUGUCACCAGCCCCACCUCCACGCUGGAGAGCAGGGACAGCGGCAUCAUAGCCACUCUCACAAGCUACUCUGAGAACGCGGAGAGGGGGGGUAAACACGGCGAGGGAUCGCGGGGAAGCCUGAAGCUCUGGCAGUCCCAAAAGUCCGGCAUGGACUCCUGCCUCUACCGCGUGGACGAGAACAUGACCGCCUCCACCUACAGCCUCAACAAGAUCCCCGAGGGCAACCUGGAGUCCAUCUCCUCACACUCCGUCCAGUCCAUCCCGCUGUACCUCAUGCCCCGGCCCAACUCUGUGGCAGCUACCAGCUCGGCUCACCUGGAGGACCUGGCCUACCUGGAUGAGCAGAGGCACGCCCCGCUGCGCACCUCCCUGCGCAUGCCCCGGCAGAGCGCGGGGGCAGCCCGAGCCGGGCAGGACCUGAGAGCUUCCACUAACACCCAUGCCUGGCAAUCGCAGUCACUGCGCUUCGCCCCCUACCGGCCGCCGGACAUCUCGCUGAAGCCGCUGCUCUUCGAGGUGCCCAGCAUCACCAUGGACUCGGUGUUCACCGGCCGCGACUGGCUCUUCCAGGAGAUCGACGCCCGGUUGAGUGCCGAAGACUCGGGCACCAACUGCGGCGUGGUGGUGGUGGGCAACAUCGGCUACGGCAAGACCGCCAUCAUCUCGCGCCUGGUGGCCCUCAGCUGCCAUGGCACCCGCAUGCGGCAGAUCGCCUCGGACAGCCCCCACGCCUCGCCCAAACAUGGAGAGGGCUUGCCCCUCAGCCAAUCCCAGCCCUCCCAUGGCACCUUGGGCGGGGGCAGUUGCCCUGGGACCCCCGAGAUGAGACGACGCCAAGAGGAGGCCAUGAGGAGGCUGGCAGCCAAGGUGGUGGCGUACCACUACUGCCAGGCGGAUAACGCGUACACCUGCCUGGUGCCGGAGUUUGUGCACAACGUGGCGGCGCUGCUGUGCCGCGCGCCCCAGCUGGUGGCCUACAGGGAGCAGCUGCUGAGGGAGCCCCACCUGCAGAGCACGCUCAGCCUGCGCUCCUGCGUGCAGGACCCCCUGGCCUCCUUCAGGAGGGGCGUGCUGGAGCCCCUGGACACGCUCUACAAAGAGAGGAAGAUCACCUCCGAGGAAGAUCUCAUCAUCCUCAUCGACGGGCUCAACGAGGCAGAGUUUCACAAGCCCGACUACGGUGACACCAUCGUCUCUUUCCUCAGCAAAACCAUCAGCAAGUUCCCGCCCUGGCUGAAGCUGGUGGUGACGGUCAGGACCACACUGCAGGAGAUCACCACGACCCUCCCCUUCCACCAAAUCUCCCUGGACCGGCUGGAGGAGAACGAUGCCAUCGACCAGGACCUGCAGGGCUACAUCCUGCACCGCAUCCACAGCAGCCCCGAGAUCCAGAACAACAUCUCGCUCAAUGGCAAGAUGGACAACACCUCCUUCGGCAAGCUGAGCACCCACCUCAAGGCCCUCAGCCAGGGUUCCUACCUGUACCUCAAGCUGACCUUCGACCUCAUUGAGAAGGGCUACCUGGUGCUGAAGAGCUCCAGCUACAAGGUGGUGCCGGUGAGCCUGGCAGAGGUGUAUCUGCUGCAGUGCAACAUGCGCUUCCCCACACAGUCCUCCUUCGAGCGUGCCCUGCCUCUGCUCAACGUGGCCGUGGCCUCGCUCCACCCGCUGACGGACGAGCAGGUCCACCAGGCCAUCAACGCCGGCUCGGUGGAGGGCACCCUGGAGUGGGACGACUUCCAGCAGCGCAUGGACAACCUGGCGGUGUUCCUGGUGAAGAGGCGCGACGGCACCCGCAUGUUCGUGCACCCCUCCUUCCGGGAGUGGCUCAUCUGGAGGGAGGAGGGCGAGAAGACCAAGUUCCUGUGCGACCCUAGGAGUGGUCACACGCUCCUGGCCUUCUGGUUCUCCCGGCAGGAGGGCAAACUGAACCGGCAGCAGACCAUCGAGCUGGGCCACCACAUCCUCAAAGCACACAUCUUCAAGGGCUUAAGCAAGAAGGUUGGGGUUUCCUCAUCCAUCUUACAGGGGCUGUGGGUGUCCUACAGCACAGAGGGCCUCUCCACUGCCCUGGCCUCACUCCGAAACCUCUACACUCCUAACAUCAAGGUGAGCCGGCUGCUAAUGCUCGGCGGGGCCAACGUGAACUACCGCACGGAGGUGCUGAACAACGCUCCCGUCCUGUGUGUGCACGCCCACCUGGGCUACACCGACACCGUGUCUUUGCUGCUGGAGUUUGGGGCUUCGGUGGACACCGCCUCGGAGAGCGGCCUCACCCCCCUGGGCUAUGCCGCCUCCGCGGGCCACCUGUCUAUCGUCACCACCCUGUGUCGCAAGAGAGCCAAGGUGGACCACCUGGACAAGAACGGGCAGUGCGCGCUGGUGCACGCGGCCCUCAGGGGCCACAUGGAGGUGCUGAAGUUCCUGAUCCAGUGCGACUGGACUGCGGGCGGCCAGCAGCAGGGCGUCUUCAGCAAGAGCCACGCAGUCCAGCAGGCCCUGGUGGCGGCCGCCUCCAUGGGCUUCACAGAGAUUGUGUCCUACCUCCUGGAUCUGCCAGAGAAGGAUGAGGAGGAAGUGGAGCGCGCUCAGAUCAACAGCUUCGACACGCUGUGGGGGGAAACAGCACUGACGGCGGCCGCAGGGCGAGGCAAACUGGACGUCUGCAGGCUGCUAUUGGAGCAGGGGGCAGCUGUGGCCCAGCCCAACCGGCGUGGGAUCGUCCCACUCUUCAGUGCCGUCAGACAGGGCCACUGGCAGAUUGUGGACCUGCUGGUCACACACAGCGCUGACGUUAACAUGGCCGACAAACAGGGGCGCACUCCUCUGAUGAUGGCGGCCUCCGAGGGCCACUUGGGCACCGUGGAGUUCCUGCUGGCGCAGGGUGCAUCCAUAAGCCUGAUGGACAAGGAGGGCCUGACAGCCCUGAGCUGGGCGUGUCUGAAGGGCCACAUGCCUGUGGUGCGCUCCCUGGUGGAGAGGGGGGCGGCCACCGACCACGCAGACAAGAACGGCCGCACCCCGCUUGACCUGGCCGCCUUCUACGGAGACGCCGAAGUGGUACAGUUCCUGGUGGAUCACGGGGCGAUGAUCGAACACGUGGACUACAGCGGCAUGCGCCCCCUGGACAGGGCAGUGGGGUGCCGCAACACCUCGGUGGUCGUCGCCUUGCUAAAGAAGGGAGCCAAGAUAGGAUGUCAGACCCUGCCCAGCCGGCCCAGAGGUCCAGCAACGUGGGCAAUGGCCACCUCCAAACCUGACAUCAUGAUUAUCCUGCUGAGCAAGUUGAUAGAGGAAGGGGACGGCUUUUAUAAGAAAGGGAAAGUGAAGGAAGCAGCCCAGCGUUACCAGUAUGCCCUGAAGAAAUUCCCCCGCGAGGGUUUCAGCGAAGACCUGAAGACCUUCCGUGAGCUGAAGGUGUCGCUACUACUCAACCUGUCCCGCUGCCGCAGGAAAAUGAACGACUUUGGAAUGGCUGAGGAGUUUGCCACCAAGGCGCUGGAGCUGAAACCAAAUUCAUACGAGGCCUACUACGCCAGAGCUCGAGCCAAACGGAGCAGCAGGCAGUUCGCCGAAGCCCUGGAGGACCUGAACGAAGCCAUGAAGCAGUGCCCCAACAACCGUGAGAUCCAGCGGCUGCUGCAGCGCGUGGAGGAGGAGUGCCGCCAGGUCGGCCAGCCUCCGGAGGAGGAGCUGCCCGAACCUCCCCCGUCCCCUCCCCCUCCGCCCCCCUCGCCCCCGGCUGAGGAGCCCCCCCCGCCCCCCGAGCCCCGGCUGGAGGACAUGGAGCCCGUGCAGGACCUGUUCGAGGACGAGGACUACCUGGAGCAGGAGCUGGAGGCGGCGUCCGCCGGCCUGCCCCUGGAGUCUCGGCCCAGCCCCGCCAGCCUGCCCAUCAUCCACAGCCCCCCGGCCUCCCCGGUGCACCGAGACUCGGCCUACCUCUCCGGGGGCUCCCCCCUGGGCCAGGCCUACGACUUCCGCCCCAGCCCCAGUUCCAUGUCCUCCCCCACCUGCCAGGGCUACCAGUCCCCCUCGCCCUCCCUCUCCCCCACGCACCAGAACUCCCACUACAGACCCAGCCCCCCGCAGACCUCCCCCGCUCACCAGGUCUCCUCCUACCGCUUCAGCCCCCCGCCCAUGGGCGGAGGAGGAGGAGGGGGUCAGGGGAAGGACUACCAGAGCCCCCCCCCCUCGCCCCUGCGGCGGGGCCCUCAGUACCGGGCCAGCCCGCCGGAGAGCGUGUGUCUGUACCGCUCCCAGUCCGGCUCCCCGGUGCGCUACCAGCAGGAGCAGCUCCCCGGGCGGCCCAAGUCGCCGCUGUCCAAAAUGAGCGGCCAGCGCUCGUUCCAGCUGACCUCGCAGGCGUCUCAGGGCCUGCGGCUGCAGCCGGCCAUGGCGCAGAUCGUGCGCACCAACCAGCCCAGCUCGGCCGUGCACUCCAGCGCCGUGCUGGGCGGCGCUCCCUACGGCCAGAUGGCGCACCCCAUCAGCGGCCGCUACCAGGGCGGCUCGGUGGACGUGGAGAGCCGGCUGGUGUACCAGCCCUCGCUGGACGGGCGGCCCAUGGCGCAGGUGCAGGCCAGCCUGAGCGCGGGGGCGCUGUGUCAGCACGGCGGGCGGGGCGGGGGCGUGGACGCGGGCCUGCCCAAAGACGAGCCCCCGCAGCGGCCCUCCUCAGCGUACCGGCCCGCCGGGGUCGGGGGCGUGGCCCCGGGGGGCGGGAUGCGGUACGGGCAGACCCCGCAGAUCAGCCGCAGCCAGUCAGCGGCGUACUACCCCGUCUCCAAACACGAGCUGGAGCGGGCCUCCGCCCUGCCCCAGUGCCAGCUGGGCUCGCCCGAGGUCCCGCACCUGGUGCGCCGGCCCGUCAGCGCCAACACGGGCGAGGUGAAGCAGCACCCGCCCACGCCGCGGCCCCUCAUCCACUCGCAGAGCGUGGGGCUGCGCUUCUCUCCCUCCACCAACAGCCUCUCCGCCGGCUCCGCCUGCAGCCUGGCGCCCGGCUUCCGGCCGUCCGCCUCCGUCCAGCAGAUGGAGAUCCCGCUCCAGCCCGCCUACGAGCGGCCCUGCGACGACCUGUCGCCCGUCUCGCCCUCGCAGGGCGCCGCGCUGUACCAGGCCGAGCCCGCCCGCUCCCGGACCACGCCCUUCAUGGGCAUAAUCGACAAGACGGCGCGGACUCAGCAGUACCUGCACCAGCCCUCCAGGCCCUGGGCGGUCUCGUCCCUCGACACGGUCAUCACCAGCCCCACCUCCCCGGGGAACCUGGUGCAGCAGGUGCCCGGCGCCUCCUACAGCCCGCCCACGUCGCUAGGCAACAUCGCGUACUACAACAAGACCAACAACGCCCAGAACGGCCACCUCCUGGAGGACGACUACUACCAGCAGGCCCAGCCGUCCUCCCUGGGCAAGCUGGCCAAUGGCUCCCGGGGGGACAUCCUGGAGCGGGUGAGCCAGGUGCCUACCUACCCGGACGUGAAGGUGGCGCGGACGCUGCCCGUGGCGCAGGCCUACCAGGACAACAUGUACCGGCAGCUCUCCCGCGAGGCCCGGCAGGGCCCCACCUCGCCCAUCAAACCAAAGAGACCUUUCGUGGAGUCGAAUGUGUAAGAGUGGAGGGAAAGGGAGGGGGCGAGGCCCAUGAGUUCUGUAUGGGAGCACACAGAGUCCCUCACAAGGGGGGUUAGGUAGUGCUUUCACAGUGUGCAGCUGGAAAGGCGAGAUGAGAAUAUGACAGACAAAAUGGCCACCGCGGAAUCGAGCUUUCACACCCGUUUAGGGGUCCCGAGAAAGCUACUUGUCUUCUACAUGCACAAUAUUCAAAGCGUUGUGUAAUCUCUAAUGUCAGUUUUUAGAAUGCAGGAUAAAGCAGAGUGCAUCUGAUAUUGCUGAUAUAUUAAGGGCCGCAUUAAGCAUCUCUCAGUGUCUGCACAAGUAAAAGAAACAAUAGCGUCCGCUCUUGGACAGUACAGAUCCCAGAAGCCUCCCCCCCCCCCCCCACAUGAUCUUCUCUCCACCUCUGAAUUAAUGCCUGGGGUUGUUGGAGUGGGACAAAAUGUCUCAAUCACUUACCUACAGAAGACAAACUCUCGGUCCGUCCCUUGUUAAAAUGCAGAAAAAAGCAUGCUCUUUUCUGAGAUCGCUACCUUCUGUACUGUAAAAGAUCGGAAUGUUCUAUACUGUAAAUGUAACAAAAAGUUAACUUAAAACAAACCUGUACUUAGAAAAGGAAAAGAAACUAAUAUUUAUCAUUUUAAGUUAUAUAUACUGUAUAUAAAUAUAUACAUACCUUUUUGGUUGGUUGGUUUGACUGCGUUUUGGUUUGCUUUUGUGUUUUUUUUCUUUCGCCAGUCAUGAGAAAACUGGCAGUGAAUCCUACAAGGGGGACAUUUACAGACUUUAAAUUACUAAAGUUUACUGAACAUGGUCUUGCACCCAAGCUGGUUCAAAAUAUUUUGUUGCAUAAUGCAUGGCUAUAUACCACAAAGCUCAUACACUUAACACGGCUUCUAUUGACGCUGGCAAGUUACAAGAAUUUAUUUAAUUCCAUUUUCCCCGCCAAAGUCUGCUACAGACGAAGUUAUGUCUAAGUGUUUUCCUAUGGUCCAAAUGGAUGGGAUCGUUUUGUAAUUGCAUUGAGGCAUCAAAUGCGGCCAUUUUGUGAAGGUAAUGCAUCUUAUGCAGUUACAACACUGAAAUGCGGAGUACGACCACAGUGCUUCCCCCUUACACAUUUUGGGAGAAACACUAUGGCUUAGCUGGUUGGUCCUUUGUCUCAUAUUUUAGGCUGCACAUUGUACUCUAUAGCUGGUUUUAUUUCACUGCAGAUUCAUAUGAAAUCCUUAGCGUUCAGACCCUUGGACUUUAAUUUUCCCCUCUAGCACUUACAUAAUGUGAAAAAAAUGCGAAUGGUUAACAUGAAGGUUCCUUUAGCACCAUAAAGCUAUGAUUGGAGGUGGGAAGGUUGACCAUGCCAAGACGAGACAGACUGUGACUAUGAAACGGUCCUCACGCGCCGUUUGAUUUGUAUGGUUUUAUUUUAACUUAUGGCUUUAUUUUAUUAUUAUUCACCACGUUUCUGCACUAAUUGCCUGUGAAGUUCUUGUACAAGGGUGCACUUUACAGUUCUUCAGUUAUGAUGAUUGUUAUUUUGGGUGUUUUUUUUUUAUGGGGGGGAGUUAAUCUUCUCAAACAACAAUACUGGAUGAAUCUUUGUGAGUAGGUGUCCUUAUUAAUAGAAAAGAUCAGUUUUUGUCUUUUGGUGAGAUUUUUCAUUUCCAAUCAAAUAAAUGAAUAAUAAUAAUUUAAACAACGUGUUUUAAAAAUGAUGAUGCUUGUUGCCUUUAAUAUAGCACAAACUUUCUGCUGUACAUACUGGCCAAAAGCUCCCCUCUGCCCGAAAUCCAACAUGGCAUUUUCUUGCAUAUCCUGUAAAGCUCCCUUUUUUGCAUAAACCAUGAGUAUCAAGCCCAACAUAAUUUGCAAUUGUAGUUCUUUGUACAGUGCUUCAGAACUACAACUUCCAGUGGACCGCUUUCCCAUUAAUCCAACCUACUGUUUUCAUGUAUCCAAAUGAGCAGGUUGAGAAACCAGAUAAAGAGCUGGUAUUGAAGAAGGAAAAUCCUUCUGUGGGCUUCACUUACUCUUUAAACAGCCUUAUCAGCUGUCCAUUGGGGCUGAACAGUCAAGUUGCACAAAAAAAGCAUUGAGUGUACUAUGUGACACGGUGAAUUGGUGGAGUUCCCCAGAGUGCAUUGCUCUGGUAGGACCAAAAGAGAGAAUGCCAUCCAGUCCAUGCUAUCCAGCUCCAAGCAUCCAUCAACCCUUACAGAGCCUGCCCGCUAGCUGACACUCACCUGUGUGAUGUUCUAACUCACAGGAGGGUGGAAAAGUCUAGAACAUUACACCCGUUGUGUAGACAAGUGAGUUUCUGCUUUUGAUUUGCUUCUGUUUGGUUUUAUAUCUCCCUCCCCACCUGCUUUCCCACUAUACCGCAUUACUGAGUUGCUCUGGGCUCUUAACAGCCCAAAAUCUGAUGCCUUCCAAACCACAGAAAAAUCAUCCCGUUCACCUCUGUUAGGCAACCUCGCCUAUAGUAUGCCGGUCUAACCUGGUCUGUUUUCGAGGUGCCUGUCAGUCCAUUUACUGCUGAAUGACUAUUAAUCGUGCGUCAUACUUUGAGAAAAGUUAGGGUGCCACUGCAAGUGCCUGUAGAAUGUUAAUGAGAAAUCAGAUAGGUGCUGAGCAGUGAAUCUGCCCCAAAAACCUGAACCCACACUGUGGUUACAAGAGCCUUGCUCUGUUGUCAGGCCCUUGACACCUGUUGUCAUAGCAAACACUAUGAAGAAGCACACCAUUUGGUCGCAUUCUUCCAUCAGUAACAGAAGGUAUCGAUCCCCAGCUACAUAAGCCAGAAGAGGGCGUCGUCGAGCCUUAUCAUGACAAACUCUGUCGACGUUCAAGGGGAAAGGGUUGUUUUGUUUUUCGAGGGGUGGGUUUUUUUAAGACUUCCAAUGUAAAUGAUUUUGCUGUAAAUACUCCUGAUGCAUGUUUUAAUCUUCAAGUUCCACACACGCAUACUGUACAUGUACCCUGGUUCUGGUUUUGCGGUAUCCAUAUUGUAUAAAAGCAGGGAAGAGGAGAGGGGAAGUGCCCUCCUCCUGUUCUCUCUGGCCUCACCAGACAAACGCUGAACUUUUGAGGGGUUUCUUUUGAUUAUUUUCUUUUCAUUUCAGUGUAUUUGCUUGCUGAGCAGAGUUCUCUUGUCUGUACAUGUGAGCUGUCAGAUCGCUGUGAUAGUUUAAUGAAAACAACGGGGGAAAAAAGUCCAAUAAAAAGAAUGCUUUUUUAUCUCCUGAUGAAAGAUUGUAAUCUGUACAAUCAAAGUAUGUAUGAAAGAAUAAUGUAUUAUUUUAUAAAUGGUUACCACUUCAAAGAACA